AGCAUCCAUCAUCGCAGGUCGCACACAUUCUUUGGUAUCUUCACCACUUCAUUCUUUUCCAACUAUCUUACCGUCAGUUCUUCACCGUGUGAAGCCGGGACAUUCCUUUGCAACACUUACAUCCGACGAUCAAACAGGGCUCGCUUUAUUCAUUUUCGUCCGUUUCACCAAGGACACAACCCCCAGCACCCAUCUUUCAAAAUGCCUUUUGUCAAGUCAACCCUUGCCCUCGUCGGUGCCUUUGCCGCCAGUGCCCUUGCCCAUGGCAAGGUCGAUGGUUACAUGUUCGACGGCGCAUACGUCCAGGGCUACAGCCUCGACUACUACUACCUCAAGCAGAACGGCGGCACUCCCCCCACCAUCGCCGCCUGGUCGGCCGAGAACCUUGACAACGGCUUCGUCGACGGCACCGGCUACGCCAGCGCCGACAUCAACUGCCACAAGAACGCCGCCCCCGGAGGCACCGCCGCCAAGGUCGCGGCCGGCGGCAAGGUCGAGUUCCAGUGGUCCGCCUGGCCCGCGUCUCACUUCGGACCCGUCCUGACCUACGCCGCCAGGGUCGACGGCGACUUCGCCUCGGUCGAUAAGCUCAAGCUCAAGUGGGUCAAAAUCGACGAGGCCGGGAUCGACGUCGACACCCAGGAGUGGGCCGCCACCAAGCUCGUCAAGAACAACAACACCUGGACCUCGACCAUCCCCUCGGACCUCGCAGCCGGCAACUACGUCCUCCGCCACGAGAUCAUUGCCAUGCACGCCGCCGGCACCCCGAACGGCGCCCAGAACUACCCCCAGUGCGUCAACGUCGAGAUCACUGGCUCCGGUACUGCCAACCCCGAGGGCACCCUCGGCACGGAGCUGUACAAGGCCACUGACUCUGGCAUCCAGUUCAACCCGUACACCACCAUCUCGGAGUACACCAUCCCCGGCCCCGCGCUUUUCAGCUCCGGUGCCGGCUCCGGCUCUGGUCCUGGCUCCGGCUCCGGCUCCGCCCCUACCCCCAUCAUCAAUGGCACGGCUCCCGCCAACUCCACCAAGCCUGCCACCCCGGUCACCUCCGAUAACGCCGACGCUGGCGACUGCCCCGCCCAAAAGGCCCGUCGUCACGCUCGCUCCUUCCGGCGUCGUCGCGCUCCCGCUUUCCACCUGUGAGCGGCGAGCAUUUCCCGUCCGACAGACAUUGGGUGACUGACAUCCAUCACGCACCCCCCUUUUUUCUUUUCUGGCCAGAAGAUGAGUGAGCUGGCUUUGAUUUGUGUCUCAACCAUCAUGUAAAUAUUUUAUACCCGGCGUAUAUAUGUGGCUGCAGC